UCUUUUCUGUGUGAGUCGCCGGAGCUCCCUCAGCCUACUCCUUACCACCUGUCCUUGACUUACAGUGCACAGACGAGACUGAGAGAAAGCUGUGCUGCUCACUCCUCCUCUGGCACCUUUUUGUCUCUGUUUAUGUGAGCAGCUGCGUUUAAAAAAAUAAUAAUCUUUCACUCUGUGUGUGGCUGUCUCUUUCUACCUGUGGUGCUUCAGUGGAGUGGUGAAGAGAGGAGCGUCUGUCCUCGGCCGGUGGAGCUCUGAUGGGAGGCAGUGCUGGCUCUGGCUGGGACUGGGGAUGCUGAACGGGGGGAGGGAGGGCCUGUUUGAGCUGGGACAGCAGCUCCAGCAGCAGGGGGAGUACCAGGCCGCCCUCCACUGCUUCCUCAGCUGCCUGUUGGGACUGACCCAUGUGCAGAGCUUCACCUCUUUGCCCAACUGCCUACACCAGAUUGCAGAACUCUUCAUCACUGAAAAGAAUUAUGGGAAGGCCCUCCAGUUCAUCCAGGCUGAAAAAAUGUUCUAUGAGGUGGCACUGAUCGAGCUCACGGCUCUUCAGGGGAGCACAGGGCCUCAGGAGGAGGCUACACUGGGCUCCGCAGGAUGGACAACCCCAGAGGAGCUCUCGGAGCAGGCCUCCCAGGCACAGCACCUCGAACGGCUGGCCCAGCUCUGCAUCAUGAGCAAAAGACCUCAUCUUGCUCUAGAAUACAGCGGUAAGGCUACAAAGAUCCACCAGAGAGCCUUUGGUAACGACCACCCAAUUACAGCCAGAAGCCUGGAGCUCAUGGCUACUGUCUAUGCUGAGAUUGGCAAGACUGAAUAUUCAGACUCCCUGGGUGAGUGUGUGUCUGCACUGUCCAAACGGUUUGCUGCUGCAGAGUCCAUCAGAGAUACCGUCAACUGUCUUCCUCAUUCCCACCGGGAGAAACACUCAGAGGUCCGCCACAGAAAGGACACCCACCACCAACAAGAGGACACACCAAAACCUAUGGUAACCAAUGGCAAAGUUCCCACCUCCAUUCUAAAGAGGCCAAGCCCCAGCUACGGGUCAGACACAGAACCUACCCACAGACGGAAAGGCGAGCGGAGGGUUCGAUUCAGGGAGCCAGAGACCACAGUACAUGCCUAUGAGACAACACCGUCCCGCCCCCACCUCGCCCUGUUCACUUGCCUCUUCCUGCUGAUGUCAUUCCUGGGUGUGGCCAUGUACUGCACAGACCGCCAGCGCCCACAGAGGGUAUGCAAGGAGCUGGAGGCCGCUCUGGCUGUCUACCUGCUGCAUAUGAAACAGCUUCUGUGGGGCUGUUGGAUAUGGCUGACCAUGCAGUGACUGAGACUGACCACAGGUGGAGACAUGGAACCUCCUCCUUUCUUUUUUUUUUUUCAGACCCCUCUUUUUUCCUAUCUUUGAAGGUGCCCAGGCCUAUAAACACCUCAGCCAUUUGGCAAGGCUCCGUAAGUUACACUGUCUGUGGUCUCUGUACACUGUCACAGUGAAAAAGGGAAAAAUGUGUAAUCCCAGAAAUAUGUAGCUUCCAUGUCCAUGUAUGUAUAUACAGUAUGUACUUAAGUGGUGGGAACGCCACUCCUUAUUUAAGUUGUACUGACAUUUUCAACAUUUGCAAUGUUAUUGUUCACAUAUAACGCUCACUCAAUCACCACAACGUUUUCAGUUCAUGUCACAGUCUAUUUUAUGUGAGUGAAUGUUUCCAUGGAAUCCAUAUUUAUUUUGUUACGGUACAUGGUUUCUGUAUAUCAGAUAUUACACAGAACUGAAUGUGUAUAUGUGGUUCAAUAUACUAAGGACUAUCACAAUAUUCAGCCUUGUAAUUGCACAUAAAUGAAUGUAGAUAUAUUUGGGAGCAGCUUUGACCGGCACAUGCAAGAGGAGGAAGAAGAGGAAGAUGGAAGAACAAAUGUGUAAACUGUCCGAUAGUGAUCCGUGAGAAAGACAACACUAGGCUGCAUCACGUCCCAGUCGAAUGAGAUGAAAAAACACCUCUUUCUUUACAGACUUUAUUUUGUGUGCUCUUCUGUAUGGCUGGCUGUCUUCAGCUGAUUCCUAGUCUCACUGAUGAGAAGAUCUGCAGCACAAUAUUACAAAUCCUCUCUCUUUAACUAUCCUCGAAGAGAAUAUACUCAAACUGAAUGAAUGCUAAUGCUUUUGAAAGUGUUUCUCUUUAUAACCGCUUGAAUCCCACCAAAAUAUCCUCCUCUCUUCUAAAUGUUAUUUAUUCUUCUAUACUGUAUAUCUGCAUCUACGCAAAUAUCCAACUUUAGAUUCUUUUAAAUUUUUUAACUUUUUGUUACAUUUCUAUUUCAGAACAAUAUUCAGGUUUUAACC